AUGUUGGCGGUGACCAGAAACGGAAAGGAAUCUCAACCAUCCACCACCACCACCUCCUCCUCCUCCUCCUCCUCCUCCAUAGAAUGGUUACAACCUUGUCGUCACUUUAAAUUUUCUGAGAUUCUCUUAGCAACCGAUAAAUUCAAUGAAUCAUUAACUGGCAAAACAAUAUUUGGAAGAAUGAUAAAUAUCUUUCCCUUUAAUGCCCAUGAUGAUUCAAAGCUAUCAAGUAAUGGCAAGGGUAAAAUUAGAACUGAUGGUGAUGAUGUAAAGGAUGAAGAAAAAUGUUUCAUAAUUCCUAUUCCAAGUUUGAAAAUAUUUAAGUUUGGCGAUUUGGAAAGGACUACAAGCAACUUUAGUCAAGAGUGUCUCAUCGAUAGGGAUGGUUUUGGUGAGGUGUUCACAGGUUGGGUUGACGAUAAAACGUUUGCCCCAUCAGUAAGGUGUGUUGGAAUUUUUGUUGCAGUUAAAAGGUACUAUGAAGGUCUUCCAGAAUCAGAGACACUAGUAACAACACUAGUGACAGGCAUUGGAAGGUUGCCUCAUCUAAAUAUUAUUAGUCUCAUGGGAUACUGCAAUGAUAAAAAGAAAAAUUGCUUACUUGUUUACGACUACACCCACAUUCUUAAGCUAAAUUUUAGUCACUUCUUAUUCGGAGAUGCUACCAAACCACUUUCAUGGAUAACACGUCUUAGGAUAAUGAUAGGAGUAGCUCGUGGACUCGCUUAUCUACACUCGUCAAAGGAGCAAGUUAUACACGGUGGUAUUAAAACCUUUAAUAUAUUGCUGGAUAAGAAUUUUAAUGCAAAGCUGGGGCAUUUUGGUUUGGCUAAAGGUCGGCCUAAAUUCCAUGAAUCAGAUACGAGUACACGUGACAUGGAUACCUUACGUUAUUUCGACCAAGAGGAUCGACUUAAUGGUCACUUUACAAUUACGGGUGACAUUUAUAGUUUCGGAGUGGUGUUGUUGGAAACCCUGACAGGCCAGCGGGCAUGGGAACCACAGUCGCUCUUUUCUACAUUCACUUUAGUAGAAUGGGCAAGUCCAUUUCUAGCAGACAAACAGAAGCUAAAAGAUAUAAUAGAUCCACAUCUUAAAAAUAAUUAUCCUCUAGAUGGUGCUUUCCAUUGUCUUGCACUAGCAACGAGAUGUGUGGCAAAGGAUCAUAAGGCUAGGCCUUCAAGUAAACAAGUUUUGUGGAGAUUACAACAAAUAUAUUCUGUUAACAAAUAA